CCGCGCUCUCUGUUGUUGUUAUGUCGGUGUGCUGCCUUAAUACAAACAGUUAGACACGUUUCUAAGAGAGAGAAACUACUGAUUUUGAAUCAGUUCAGUAAAUACCUGUCACAUCCUCACAUUCGUGAGUUUUGAAGCGAGCAGGAAUAUCUGGAGGAGUAUCAGCUGAACUUAGAUCUGCUGCUGUGAAAAUUAUGUUUAUUAAAGAAGAGAGAGAAGAGAACACGAGUGAAUCAGAAACCUGGAGAAUAAAACACGAGGAACCAGAAACCUGGAGAAUCAAACAAGAGGAACCAGAAACCUGGAGAAUAAAACAAGAGGAACCAGAAACCUGGAGAAUAAAACUAGAGGAACAAGGAGAGUACAUUGAAGAAAAAGAGGAAAAUGAAGAAUCAAAUCAUCAAGAGAAGCAGCAUGCAUGUGAUCAAUGCAGUAAAAUGUUUUUAUGGGCUUCACUUCUGAAGAAACACUUGAAAGUUCAUCCAAAGAAGAAUCCACAUUCAUGUCAUUUGUGUGGAAAGAGUUUUUUGCAUCUACAAAGUUUGAAAGAACAUCAGAAAAUACAUACUGAUGUGAGAGAGUACAUGUGCUUUGAGUGUGAAAAGACUUUUAGUUCAGUGAGCAGUUUAAAACUGCACAAGAGGAUUCACACUGGAGAGAAACCUUACAAGUGUUCACACUGUGACAAGGGAUUCAUUCAGUCAGUUGAUGUGAAAAAACACGAGAGGAUUCACACUGGAGAGAAACCUUACAAGUGUUCACACUGUGACUGGAGAUUCAGUCAUCCAUCAAAUCUGAAAAGACACGAGAGGAUUCAUACUGGAGAGAAACCUUACAAGUGUUCACACUGUAACAAGAGAUUCAGUGAUUCGACACAUCUGAAAACACAUGAGAGGAUCCACACUGGAGAGAAACCUUACAAGUGUUCACACUGUAACAAGAGAUUCAGUGAUUCAACACUUCUGAAAAGACAUGAGAGGAUCCACACUGGAGAGAAACCUUACAAGUGUUCACACUGUGACUGGAGAUGCAGUCAUUCAGCAAGUCUGAAAAUACAUGAGAGGAUCCACACUGGAGAGAAACCUUACAAGUGUUCACACUGUGACAAGCGAUUCAUUCAGUCAACAGAGCUGAAAACACAUGAGACAACCCACACUGGAGAGAAACCUUACAAGUGUUCACACUGUGACAAGCGAUUCAUUCAGUCAACAGAGCUGAAAACACAUGAGAGGAUCCACACUGGAGAGAAACCUUACAAGUGUUCACACUGUGACAAGAGAUUCAUUCAUACAGGAAAUCUGAAAAGACAUGAGAGGAUCCACACUGGAGAGAAACCUUACAAGUGUUCACACUGUGACAAGAGAUUCAGUGAUUUGACACAUCUGAAAAGACAUGAAAGGAUCCACACUGGAGAGAAACCUUACAAGUGUUCACACUGUGACAAGAGAUUCAGUGAUUCGACAUGUCUAAAAACACAUAAGAGGAUCCACACUGGAGAGAAACCUUACAAGUGUUCACACUGUGACAAGAGAUUCAAUGAUUCGACACAUCUGAAAACACAUGACAGGAUCCACACUGGAGAGAAACCUUACAAGUGUUCACACUGUGACAAGAGAUUCAGUGUGUCAUCAAGUCUGAAAACACAUGAGAGGAUUCACACUGGUGAGAAACCUUAUAAAUGUUCACACUGUGACAAGAGAUUCAGUCGUUCAGGAAAUCUGAAAACACAUGACAGGAUCCACACUGGAGAGAAACCUUACAAGUGUUCACACUGUGACGAGAUUCAGUGUAACAUCAAAUCUGAAAAGACAUGAGAGGAUUCACACUGGAGAGAAAGCACAUCAACUCAAUGUACGAGGGAAGUGUUCCUUUAUGUCAUCUGUUACACACAGUCAUACAAAAAACAAUCACAGUAAGGCCCCGUACACGUGG